AUGUGCGUGGACAAUGAGGAGGUGAAUUUUAAUGUGCUCAACGCAUUAAAAUUCCCAGAUAGUGAAGAUUGUCAACUAAACAGUAUUGAGUUUCUUGAAGAAGAGACUCAUGUAUAUGAGGUCCUCGCAUUGGAGAAGAACCGGAAAGAAUCAGAGCCGCCAAGUCUGAGUGAGCGACGGACAAAACCAAUGCGUCCAUCACUUGAAGAACCACCAGAACUCGAGUUGAAACAGUUACCUGGACACUUGAAAUAUGCGUUCCUUGGAAUCAACAACACUUUACCUGUGAUCAUUUCCACAAAUCUCAUAGAGCUUAAUGAGCAAUCUCUCUUGCAGAUGCUAAAAAAGCACAAGUGUGCAAUAGGCUGGACACAUGCGGAUAUCCGUGGCAUUAGUCCAUCUUAUUGCAUGCAUAAGAUUAGGUUGGAAGAAGGGAAAUCGGGGUCAAUCGAGCCUCAAAGAAGGUUGAACCCCAUAAUGAAAGAAGUGGUUAAGAAAGAAAUUCUAAAAUGGUUGGACGCGGGAGUAAUUUAUCCUAUAUUCGACAGUAGCUGGGUAAGUCCAGUCCAAUGCGUUCUUAAGAAAGGGGGAACGACCAUGAUAGUCAACAACAAUAAUGAACUCAUACCCUCGAGGACUGUCACGGGUUGGUGUGUCUGUAUGGAUUAUAGGAAACUCAACACAACAACUAAGAUAGACCACUUCCCCUUUCCUUUCAUCGAUCAAAUGCUUGACAGACUUGCGGGCAAAGGAUUUUAUUGCUUUCUCGAUGGAUACUCUGGUUACAACGAUUCUGAUAGAUCCAGAAGAUUAGGACAAGACUACAUUUACUUGUCCCUUUGGAACUUUGCAUUCAGACGCAUGCCCUUUGGGCUGUGUAACGAACCUGGGACAUUUCAAAGAUGUAUGAUGGCUAUCUUCUCUGACUUCCUAGAAAAGACCGUUGAAGUCUUCAUGGACGACUUUUCAGUCUUUGGAGACUCAUUCUAG